CUUCUCAGCAGGCGGCGACUUCAACGGUACCGCUGAAGUUAAGAGAGUGACAAUGUGUAGAAAAGCGGUGUGAGCCGGUAACGUUUGUGCUGUUUGCGCUGCUCCGAAGAAUAAGUGACAUAAGUUUUAUCUAGAAGGACUGGUUUAUAUCGGAUAGCGGAUUUAAAUGCUCUACAAUCAUCAUGACAAGUAAACAGGAGGCUAAAUCAGGAUUUUAAAAACACCUAGAAGGUAACUCGGCUCAGAACAUCAGGGAAGUUAACGUUUUAACUGUAGCUAACUGACGUCGCCAGUUCGUUACAUUUUUAGGUUGUUUAGUAAAAGACACUGUCUAUACUGUAACUUUACCGGGUUGGCUUAAACACCACUGAAAACCUAAAAGCUUCGAAUUCAGAUCAGUUUCCGAGCUAUUUCACUUUACAAAGGACUAACUUUCGCCUGGUUCGCAUUAAGAGGAUUUCCACUUUAACCGAAGUAAACAGUGGGCAUUACCAUACCGGUACCAAGAGCAGAACAGGGACAUGCGGAACAAGAACAAAGGCAGGCUACAUUGAUUGACAUACCUCCCCCCUUUUUUGACAGGAGCUGAAUGGCCUCUGUUGUAGCAGUGAAAACUGAGAAGCGGCCUGCAGUGGAUUCUCAGGAUGCAGACUCCAAUGCUAAAAAGCCCAGGAUUUGGGAAGUACCAUCUUGGGAACCAUCGUCACUCAAUCUCUGCCUACCCCAAAGGAAACUGCUGCCCAGUCUGAAGACUAAGCGAGCCCCCGAGCUUGUCCUGGUGAUUGGUACGGGGGUAAGCUCUGCAGUGGCCCCUCAGGUCCCUGCUCUCCGCUCCUGGAAGGGCCUCAUCCAGGCCUUGCUCGAUGCAGCCAAUGACUUUGACCUACUGGAGGAAGAGGAAAAUCGGCGGUUCCAGAAGCACAUGCAGGAAGACAAGAAUUUGGUGCAUGUGGCCCAUGACCUCAUUCAGAAACUUUCCCCGAGAACAGGUAAUGUAAGGUCCACGUUCUUCAAGGACUGCCUGUACGAAGUGUUUGAUGAUUUGGAGUGUAAGAUGGAGCACGCAGGGAAACACUUACUGCGGUCAGUGCUGCAGUUAAUGGAGAGCGGCGCACUCGUUCUCACUACCAACUUCGACAACCUGCUGGAAAUUUAUGCAGCCCAUCAGGGCACCAAGCUGGAGUCUUUGGACCUGACAGAUGAGAAGAAGGUGCUGGAGUGGGCUCAGGAGAAACGGAGGUUAAGUGUUCUGCAUAUCCACGGUGUUUACACCAACCCCAGUGGUAUCGUACUGCACCCUGCUGGCUAUCAGAAUGUAUUGAGGAACACUGAGGUUAUGCGUGAGAUUCAGAAGUUGUACGAGACCAAAUCCUUUGUCUUUCUGGGCUGCGGCCGCACAGUAGACGACACAACCUUCCAGGCUCUGUUCUUGGAGGCGGUUAAACACAAGUCGGACCUCGAGCACUUCAUGCUCGUGCGGCGAGAGGAUGUGGGAGAGUUCAAGAAGCUGCGCGACAACAUGCUUGACAAGGGCAUCAAGGUCAUCUCCUAUGGAGACGAGUACGCUGACCUGCCUGAGUACUUUGAGAGGCUGGCCAAUGAGAUCUGCAACCGUGACGUGUCCACCAAUGGCUGGGGAUCCCCGUCGCAGAACGGAGAGGAACAGCAGAUCGGUAUUAACACACAGAAAAGCCUCCUUCAAGGUUAAGACUGAACUCGUCUCUUUGGCUCGGAGCUGCGGCCUCUCGCUAAAGACAUUUUCAGACUAAACGUCCUGUUCAGAACUGUAUGCUGGUAGAAAAUCCAAGUCU